AUGGUUAUAGAACAAGCUAUUCCAUUUGAGACAUCAAGACAAGCGAAUAUAGCCAGAAAUUCUCUAUCUCCAGAUCCAGUGUUAAAACAGAGUGAAUUGAAUGUUGAUUUUGAUGUUGAAAAUACUAGUUUAAUUUGUACAUUUUCAGGGAUAAGCGAUAGAGUUAUAAGAGUUUCUAUCAGUAAUGUUAUAGACAAUAUCAAGACGAUAAUUGAAUGUUUUGACGAAUUUGAUGGUAAUAAGAGCUGCAUUUGGGACCAAGACGAAAUCAAUACUAAUGGAUAG